AUGAAUGGCCGGAACAUGGAGGAGAAGCCAUUGGAAAGAGUCAAGACCCGGCGGAGGAAGGGUCACUGCCCGUCCGGUCCACCCCUGGGCGCCCUAACCUGCGAGGACGAGUUCAACAGCCAGGAGCUGGAGGCUCUCUUCCAGAACUACAACCUGAAGCUUGAGCAGACCGCCACCCUCAAAGCGCUGGCGGUGCUCAUCGUGGCUGCGUCGUCGCUGUCCCUGGUGGAGCUGCUGUCCAGUUCGCAUCUCACGUUGUCCAAGGGCUCGUACCCGGUGCACUGUGUGGUGUUCCUGUCGCUGUUCAUCGUCACCAACGUCAAAUACCAACAGGUGACGCAGCUGCAGCAAAUAGCUAAGCUGGCCCUGCUGUUCAGCUUCACCUUUGCGCUCCUCUGCUGUCCGUUCCCGCUGGCGCUCGGCACGUCGGAGCUGCUGCGCGCCGCUGCCCCUGAGCAAGGCGUGUGGCAGCUCAUGCUGGUCACCCUCGUGGCUUACGUGCUGCUGCCGGUGCGGACCCUGCUGGCUGUGUUGUUCGGGCUGAUGCUGGCUACAUCUCACUUCAUUGUCAUAGCGACGUCGUUCACGGGAAGGAAACAGAAACUGUGGAGACCGCUGGUGGCCAACGCGGUGCUGUUCACCAGCGUAAACUUGUCGGGGGUGUUUGUGAGGAUUCUCACCGAGCGCACCCAGAGGAAAGUCUUCCUGCAAGCCCGCGACAGCAUCGAGGCGAGGCUGCGACUGGAGGAUGAGAAUGAGAAGCAGGAACGUCUGCUAAUGAGCUUACUGCCCAGGAAUGUUGCCAUGGAGAUGAAGGAGGACUUCCUGAAGCCGCCUGAACGGCUAUUUCACAAGAUCUACAUCCAACGUCAUGACAAUGUCAGCAUCCUGUUUGCAGACAUUGUGGGUUUCACCAGCUUGGCCUCUCAGUGCACUGCUCAGGAACUGGUCAAACUGCUCAACGAACUCUUUGGGAAGUUUGAUGAGCUGGCUACAGAGAAUCACUGCAGACGGAUAAAGAUCCUGGGGGACUGUUACUACUGUGUGUCAGGCCUGACCCAACCCAAGACAGACCACGCCCACUGCUGUGUGGAGAUGGGUCUGGACAUGAUUGACACAAUUGCGUCGGUGGUGGAGGCGACGGAGGUGGAUCUGAACAUGCGCGUUGGUCUGCACACUGGACGGGUGCUGUGUGGUGUUCUGGGCCUCAGGAAGUGGCAGUAUGACGUCUGGUCAAACGAUGUCACACUGGCAAAUGAGAUGGAGGCUGGAGGGCUGCCUGGCAAGGUGCACAUCACAAGUACUACCCUGGAGUGCUUGAACGGAGACUACGAGGUGGAGCCGGGCUUCGGCCAUGAGAGACACGCCUUCCUCCAGAAACACCACAUCGAGACGUUCUUCAUCGUGCCAUCACACAGACGCAAAAUCUUCCCCGGUCUUAUUCUGUCAGACAUCAAACCGGCCAAGAGGAUGAAGUUCAAGACGGUGUGCUACCUGCUGGUGCAGCUGAUGCACUGCCGGAAGAUGUUCAAGGCCGAGAUCCCCUUCUCCAGCGUCAUGACCUGCGAUGAUGACGACAAGCGGAGAGCCCUGCGGAACACGUCAGAGAAGAUGAGGACGUCCAUCUCCCCCACGGCCGUGCAGAACUCCCCAGGAUCACGAGUCAACCGCUACAUUGGGCGGCUCAUCGAAGCCCGGCAGACUGAGUCCGAGACGACGGACAUCAACUCCUUCACCCUGUUCUACAGGAGCAGAGACAAGGAGCGCAGGUACCACCAGGUGUACGACGACCAUUUCAUCAGUGCGGUGGUUCUCUCUCUGAUCCUCGCUGCUCUGUUUGGCCUUAUCUAUUUGCUAAUGAUCCCACAGGGGAUGCUGGUGCUAUUGCUGCUGCUGCUGUGUGUGUGUUUCCACAUGGCCUGUGUCAUGUACCUGCAGCUCACCAGCGUUCAGUGCCAACCGAGCUGCCUCACCAUCCAGAUCCGAGCAACGCUGUGUGUCUUCCUCGUUUUGCUCACCUACUCUGUUACCCAGGCCUGUGUGGUGGGAUGUGUUCCUUGGGGGAGGGUUGGGACAAACACCAGCCUCUCAGUGGAGGACUUCCCUGCAGACGCCAACAGCACCGCAGCGGACAGAGCGUGUACCAACAUGGCGUACUCCCUGCUGUCCUGCGUGGCCGGCACCCUCACUCUGGUCCCCUACAUCCGAGUCUCCUCGCUUCUCAAGAUCCUCCUGCUCCUCCUCCUCUCUGUCACCUACUCCGUCGUCAUGGAGACCAGCGGCUAUCGCCAAGCCGUGGGAGGAGGGUUCCUCCACUCACGGGGUUAUGAUCCUGUGUUGGCUGCUGUGCUGUUCUCCGGAGCUCUUGCUCUGCAUUCUAGACAGCUGGACCUCAAGCUGCGGCUCGACUACCUCUGGGCAACUCGGGCGGAGGAGGAGAGAUGCGACAUGGAGAAGGUGAAGCUGGACAACAAACGGAUCCUUUUCAACCUGCUACCGGCUCAUGUGGCUCAGCACUUCCUCAUGUCAAACCCCAGGAACAUGGUGAGCAUCCACAGACAUACAGACAGACAGACAUAUAAAAGCUGUCUGAACUUCUUUGCCCUCCAGGACCUGUACUACCAGUCCUACGCUCAGGUUGGAGUGCUGUUCGCCUCCAUCGCCAACUUCAACGACUUCUACAUCGAGCUGGACGGGAACAACAUGGGCGUCGAGUGCCUCAGGCUGCUCAAUGAGAUCAUCGCUGACUUUGAUGAGCUGAUGGACAAAGACUGCUACAGGGAUAUUGAGAAAAUCAAGACUAUUGGAAGUACAUACAUGGCUGCAGUAGGGCUGGUUCCUACAACUGCCUCCAAGUUGAAGAAGUCCGUCACCUCACAUUUAUGCACAGUGUCAGAUUUUGCCAUCGAUAUGUUUGACGUCCUGGAUGCCAUAAACUACCAGUCUUACAACGACUUCGUCCUCAGAGUAGGUAUCAAUGUGGGGCCAGUGGUGGCAGGAGUGAUUGGAGCCAGAAGACCUCAGUAUGACAUCUGGGGAAACACGGUGAACGUAGCCAGCAGGAUGGACAGCACUGGAGUACAAGGAAAGAUACAGGUGACUGAAGACGUCCAUCGCCUCAUGGCAGACUACUACGACUUUGUCUGCCGAGGCCAGGUCAGCGUGAAGGGCAAAGGUCAGAUGCUUACAUACUUCCUGGAAGGGCGCAGGAAAGGAAGCAGGCUGUCUCAGAUCCAGCACCAGUCCAGCAACGCCGAGCGCCGGUCCAGCGCGUUCACCCAUGGCAGCGUGUGCACCAGGCUCAGCCCCGCCCCCACCGUGACCACCUACGCUACCAGCAGAAGCCCGAGCCUGAGCAUGGCCAAACCAACCACCUCCGCCAGCACCAUCAGGUACCUGCCCACUGUCGCCAUGGCAACGGUGUGAUGGAUGCUGUCUCCAUGGCGAUUGUGGAAAAGAAGAAAUUGAGAGUGGAGGUGCGGAAACAGCGUGGAUCAGAACGUUUAUUUCAAAAGGAAAACUUAGAGCCGACCUCCACUCUUCUUCUACCGUCUGUGGGAGGGAGCCGAGACCCUGAUCACCUGGACUCGGGCCUGGACUCGGGCCUGGACUGCGUUUAGGACUGGAGUCUGAGGGGGCCCUCAAUCAGACUCUACCUCCACACUGAAGGCCUGUUUGUUGUUUCACGCCGCAUGGUGUUGUGAACAGGAUGCUUUUGCCACGUUGCUCUGGAACCAAUCAAAAGGCCAAGGCGACUCCCAAAAUUACAAAUACCUAAAUCAGCAUCAAUAUAAAAACAAUUGCCCAAUUAAUAGUGUAGCAGGCAACAACCACAUUCAGAAAUUAAUUUAGAAAUUUUAGCUGACCCUUUUCUCUCAGUAUGAAACCAAAUCAGCGCUGUUGCCUUAGCGACCACUCCUCACAAUGAGUUUCAUGCCUUUUUUUUUUGCUGCCUUUUAAAUUCUUUAUUGAUUUAUCGGACACCGAUUCAGAUGAAUUAACUUACAGGGGUAUUGUUGUCCGAGAUAUAUGUUUUUGCAGUGGAUGAAGCCAAAUGUAUAAUUGUAACUGGCAGUUAACGGUAUUAACUUGCCAAAAUAUGACAGGGCAUUGUCUUCAAUCACUACCUGGACGUUUAUGCCCCUUCACUUUAACCCUCCAACGGCACAUGAGGUAUCUCUUGAAUCCCUGAGCCGAGCCGCUCAGUGUCUUUAAGUGCAUGAUGCCACUGCUGCAUUUCAGUCUUGUUUGCCGUCUGUUUCCCUGUGAUGCUUGACUUCCAGAUUCUUCCUCGUCAAAGUGUAGCAAUAAAGCGGUUCGUCUUCUAUCUCAGCCCCUUGCAUGUAACCAGCUGGACCCUAUUUUGACCUGAUAGUGUAUGUAGCCAAUAGAGUGUGCGUAGCUAGCCACACCGGUCUGUAUCUCCGUGGAGUUGAAGCAUGACUUAGAACAACUUAUUUUCUGUAAUCGUGAGAGUGUGAUUCCUUCUUCGUGGAAUUCUAUUUAAAAAAAGAGAACUUUUUUUUCUUCUUUUUUUCCCGUGCUUAAGAAAUAGUUUCUAUGAUUAAGAUAUUCUGUUCUACUAUUUUUAUGAACUAAAAAGCUGCUCUGAAGAAGAAAACUGCCGUUUAUGAGGAGACACCCAAACCUCCGUGUCUGGCUUCCUCAUACAUAAUCAGAUGCUUUAUUGUAUUAUAGCAUGCUACUCACAACAGUGUGGCUUACCACAGCCAUUAACUCUCCUCUAAUCUGUUCUCGCAUGCACUGCCUGCAAGCUUGUGGCUCUUACAUGCAUGCUUUGAAGAAACAUUCAUACAGGCCGAGCAGAGACACAGUGACUCUUUUUUAAUGUAGUCCUCAUGCAUGCGCUUACGGUAGCGGUCCUCUUGAAUGUGAGCUGCUUUUUUGACCCAUGUCUUCUUCGUGAGCUAGGCGUGUGAAUCUUUUAAAGGACUUUUUCAGGACGGUUUGACAUCAGGCCGGGGGUCCCUCCUCCUCCUCCCCGCUCCUGCUGUAGUCAACAGGUAGCAGGUUUUCAAAUGUGUCAACCUAUUUUCAUAAACAUAUCAGAUGUUUUGGUGUUGAGCUGCACAACUGAAUGUGUGGCUACGGUUAUUGUGGAUUUCCUUUUGUUGAAUGUCUGUAUUUUUACUGUUUGAGCUGUUCUUUAACAGUUUUGUACCUCAAUGAUCAAAUGAUGGCAAAUGUGGAAAGAUUUAUUUGGAAACCAUAACUGACUGAACUUACCAUAUUUAAAAUAUAUUUAAAGUCUAUAUAGUAGCUUGGAAGCUUACUUUGAGUUUCUAAGAGAUUAAAAAUAAAUGUUUUUAUACACUUGCUUGAAACAGUUUAUGGAAAGUUGAUGAAAAGGAGUUAUGUACAAUAUUUUUUCCUGUAAAUUUGAUAUUUUCAUACUGUAUGAUACGGGUUUCAAUUGUUAUAUGUAGGUACUACUUGCUAUUAUUGUACACUGUAGAGUCUUUUUCAGAGAUGUAUGAUAGAUGAUCCGUAUUUUGUCAAGUUCUUUUGUUGAAGAAGUAUUUAUUGAGAUAACAUUACAUUACAUGUUUUAUGUAAAUGUACAUUUUGUUAAAGACGAUAUUUUAUACUAAGUGUUUGCACUGCGAUGAUAUGGACGUAUCAUGAUUAUAAGAAUAAAGAGUAAAAAAGUG